GGCAACGUUGGUUAGAUUUAGCUUUUUGGACGCCAUUCGCGCUAAGCAGUAAACAUAAAAAAGAUCCCGGCUUUUCAUUCAAAGUGAAACGUCUUACCAUUUUAUUAACAGAAUCGAAAUGAGUUUUCGGCGUGGACGUGGUGUGGGCAAUGGAAGAUUUUCCGGCGGACGAGAAAUGGACAGUGGACGAGGACGAGGUGGUGCCAGGGAUAGUGGCCCACCAAGAGGAGGAGACAGACUUUCAAAUCACACUUCUGACGCAUCCAUGGCCAGUGCACGUAUUUUUGUGGGAAACCUUCCCACCAAUGACCCAAGACUCACCAAAGAGUUGCUAGAGGAGAAUUUCAGCACAUUUGGACACAUUAUGGGCAUAUCCAUUCUGAAAGGCUUUGGAUUCAUUCAGUAUGCUGAUGAAAUCAGUGCAGAGAACGCCAUUAGGGGAGCCCAGAAUAUGGAAAUCUUGGCUCACCGAAUGGAUGUGAAAAAUGUAAAAUCUGGGAAAGAUGGACUUCCCAUGCCUGGCAAUGCUGGGGGUGGUGGAGGCGGAAGCGUUGGAGGUGGCCCCGAUCCUGGCAAUUAUCGAGAUCGUUCGCCCAUCAGACGAAGAGAAUUUGAUAUGCCCAUGCGUGGUAGGGAGCCAGAUAUGCCUCCCAGAGGACGAGAUCCCGAAAUGCUUAUGCGUGGAGGUCCUCCCCACCGUGAUUUGGAUCGCCCAUCUCGCGACUUUGACGGGAGAGAACAACGUGAUUGGGGCAGAGACCAAAUGGACAUGAUGGAUCCCUACCAUGGAGACCCCUAUGGCAUGGAACGUGAGCGAGAUAUGCAUCCCAGAGACUCGUUUAUUCCUCCACCAGGAGAUCACCGAGGAAAUUUCGGUGGCGGCCCGGGACCGAAACCUAGCGGAAUGAACAUGGCCAACGAAGUAGAAAUCGUUGUCACUUCCAAAACCGGUCCUCUAAGGCAGUACGCCGAACGAAUUGAGAGCCGCAUUCGUGCUCAAGGCUUGGCUGUCGACGUCCUCUUCCCUCACGAAGAAAUUCCCAUCCGUCAGGUGCUAGGGGAUUUGUCGUCUCGGGGCACACUUUACGGUAUCGUCUUGUCUCCCCUCAAUCAAGAGCACGGCAGCAUCACCCUCAACAUCCUCUUUGGCCAACCAGAAGAGCACCGGAACAUUCCGGUGGAGGAUGCUUUCGCCCUGUUGUCGUCGUCCUUGCAGCGUUAUCAACAGCAGCAACAGGGUGGAGGAGGCCGAGGUGGUGGCCUCGGCGGAGUGGAACAACGCGGAGGUUUGAUGGACUCGGUGGCCUCCGAUUCCAGAGGCAGAGGCGGAAUGCAGAUGCAGGCCGGACUAGAGCCCCAUCAUUCCAACAUGCAAACGCUCAUCAAUUUGUUGCAGGAGAAUCGACCCUUAACCAUCGUCGAAUACGACCGUCUCAUCCGCUAUUUGAGCGACAGACGCGACCGACAGAUGGCAGAAGAAGCCCGUGCUGGCGGUGGUGGUGGUCUGGCCGGUAGCCAACCGGCUUAUCUCCUCGGCGGAUACUCUUCCGGUGGAGCUGCGCCGGGCGUUGGCGGCCAAGACAAUCCAAUGGAGUUGCAACAGAGGAUACUUAGCAUUCUCAAUUCUAGCGCGGGCGGGGUCGGGGCUGGCAUUGUGGGCGCAGGCCCAGUCCCUGCCCCCGUUCCGGCUCCUCAUCUCAACUCGUCGGCGUUGAACGCGUCGUGGAACGCGGCCGGAGAAGUCGGCUCGUCCGGACAGCAGCAACAGCGAUCGGGCAACGAUAUUUCUGCCGGACAUUCGGACGGACCGAAAGGCGGUGGUGGCCUGGCCGACGGCCUCUUACCAACGGGCCCCAACAUGAUGAAACACUACCAGUCUGGACCGGGAGGCGCCAGGCAACAACAAGACUCUUCCCACCGGCCAAUGCAGCCACAACAACAGCCGGGCGGUUAUUACGGCAUGGGCAAACGCUUUUAAAACAAGAACAUUUUCCAAAAGAAAAACGAAAAGCAUUCAAAAAAAAAACAAAAAAACAAAUGACGAUGAGGGGGAAGGGAAACGAUACAUAAAAACACACACACAAACAAACAACUUAAAAGAAAAGGAGCUAUUUAAAAACGGAAUGAGAACAAGACAUUAAAAUUUAGUCUUUUUUUUUUUUUUUUUUUAAAUGCCCGGAGAUUCUUCAACAUGACAACCAAAGGAAGACAUUAGGCCGAUGUUUUUUUCUUUUUUCGUUCAUAAUUUUUUGCAUUUUUUCUUCCAUCUCUUUCCUUAAAAAUUAUGCGGUAGGUUCGAAUUCGUCGAUUUACCCCCAAACUUUUUUUUUGCUCGUCUUGUCAUCGUCGUUUUUCUUUCCUGACUUGAAGUCGCGAAUUUUUUUUUAAUGGUGUCAAGUAACAAAAAAAAAACAAUUUGAUUAUUAUUUUCUUCAACCCAAUUC